AUCCAUGUAAACUGAUACAUUCUGCUGGAGAACUUGAAGAAAGCCUUAAAAAAUUAACUAAUACAGCCAUCGUAUGAGUUGGUAAGCUGCCAUAUAAUAAAUUCUUGCAUCUGGGUUUAAUACUGCUUUACUGUGGCAUGUUUGUUAAUUAUAUUACUGCUAAAGUUAAUUAUUUUCUUUUUUAGUAAAUACGCGUAAACAGCUGAAUUUACCUCCGAUAGAAGUUGUUGAAGUUAACCCAGAGAAUUACCCUAACUAUAAGAUUUUUUUGGAAAGUAAAUCAAAUAACAAGAUGCUGAAGGCAAAUUCUCUGUUUUUAUAUCAGGUCUUUCCAGGAAAUACAUCCCAGUGGUUAAAGAUACUUCACCAAGCUGUAAAUGAGAAUAAGUACAGUGUAACAGAAAACCUUCUCAGUUUCUUCAAGGAAGCCUGCCCACAUCUAAUUAACUCAGAGGAAAUAUCUUCAGGCUGUGUAGCUCUGCACCUGGCUAGCCAAAGUGGAUUCUUUGACACUGCACUGCUGCUCUUGGAAAAUGGAGCAUCUGUCAAUAAAACGGACAGGAAUAAGCACCUCCCAUUUUAUUAUGCCUUAGCAGGAAAACACAGGGAUGUUUCUACUGCAGCAAAUUUGUCACCUGAAAAGAGAGCUCCUGACUGA